UCUCGACCCAGGCCGCGGACCCAGAGAAACUGCCAAACCAUGUCCAAUAUGGAGAAACACCUGUUCAACCUCAAGUUCGCGGCCAAAGAACUGAGCAGGAGUGCGAAGAAAUGCGAUAAAGAGGAAAAGGCGGAAAAGACCAAGAUUAAAAAGGCCAUUCAGAAGGGCAACAUGGAAGUUGCGAGGAUACACGCCGAAAAUGCCAUCCGCCAGAAGAACCAGGCGGUGAAUUUCUUGAGAAUGAGUGCGCGCGUCGAUGCGGUGGCUGCCAGAGUCCAGACGGCCGUGACGAUGGGCAAAGUGACCAAAUCGAUGGCCGGUGUGGUUAAAUCGAUGGACGCGACAUUGAAAACAAUGAAUUUGGAGAAGAUCUCUGCCUUGAUGGACAAAUUCGAGCACCAAUUUGAGACGCUGGACGUCCAGACGCAGCAAAUGGAAGACACGAUGAGCAGCACAACGACGCUGACCACUCCUCAGAACCAAGUGGAUAUGCUGCUCCAGGAGAUGGCAGAUGAGGCUGGCCUUGACCUCAACAUGGAGCUGCCUCAGGGCCAGACGGGCUCCGUGGGCACCAGCGUGGCCUCGGCCGAGCAGGACGAACUGUCCCAGAGACUGGCCCGCCUUCGGGAUCAGGUGUGA